AUGAAAACGCCGCCGGGCGCUUCUAGUCGGGCAAAAUGCAGCCGACAACUCCGCUCGUCCUUUGCGUUCUCCUGUCCCAGGGACAAACAACUCACCCACACCUUAAACUUCCCCCAACAAGAACAGCCAUCCCAGAUGUCUCCAAACAUCCCUGGCCUUGACCCACUUAAUGCCAGUUGGAUCUCCCAACCUGUGCUGCUGCUAACAUCUGCGGAAGAUUUGGACUGCACUCCUGGAUUUCAGCAGAAAGUGUUCCAUAUCGAUCAGCCAGCUGAAUUCAUUGAGGACCAGGCAAUUUUAAACUUGACCUUCAGUGACUGCAGGGGGAAUGACAAGCUGCACUAUGAGGUCUCAAGCCCUUACUUCAAGGUGCACAGCGAUGGCCGCUUAGUCGCCCUGAGGAACAUAUCUGCGGUGGGCAAGACUCUGUUCAUCCACGCCCGGACUCCCCAUGCAGAAGACAUGGCAGAACUCGUAAUUGUUGGAGGGAAAGACAUCCAGGGCUCCUUGCAGGAUAUAUUUAAAUUUGCAAGAACUUCUCCUGUCCCAAGACAAAAGAGGUCCAUUGUGGUAUCUCCCAUUUUAAUUCCAGAGAAUCAGAGACAGCCUUUCCCGAGAGAUGUUGGCAAGGUAGUGGAUAGUGACAGACCGGAAGGGUCCAAGUUCCGGCUCACUGGAAAGGGAGUGGAUCAAGAGCCUAAAGGAAUUUUCAGAAUCAAUGAGAACACGGGUAGUGUCUCUGUGACACGGAACUUGGACAGAGAAACCAUCGCUACCUAUCAACUAUUUGUGGAGACCGUAGAUGUCAACGGCAGGACUCUCGAGGGGCCAGUCCCUCUGGAAGUCAUCGUGAUUGAUCAGAAUGACAACAGACCCAUCUUCCGGGAAGGCCCCUACAUUGGCCACGUCAUGGAGGGGUCACCUACAGGGACCACGGUGAUGCGGAUAACAGCCUUUGACGCAGACGACCCAGCCACGGAUAAUGCCCUCCUGCGGUACAAUAUCCGUCAGCAGACGCCUGACAAGCCGUCUCCCAACAUGUUCUACAUCGAUCCUGAGAAAGGAGACAUUGUCACCGUUGUGUCACCUGCGCUGCUGGACCGGGAGACGCUGGAGAAUCCCAAGUAUGAACUGAUCAUUGAGGCUCAAGACAUGGCAGGACUGGAUGUUGGAUUAACAGGCACGGCCACAGCGACAAUCAUGAUCGAUGACAAAAAUGAUCACUCACCAAAGUUCACCAAGAAAGAGUUUCAAGCCACAGUCGAGGAAGGAGCCGUGGGAGUUAUUGUCAACUUGACAGUUGAGGACAAGGACGACCCCGCCACGGGUGCAUGGAGGGCCGCCUACACCAUCAUCAAUGGGAACCCGGGGCAGAGCUUCGAGAUCCAUACCAACCCAGAGACCAACGAGGGGAUGCUCUCCGUCGUCAAACCUCUGGACUAUGAGAUUUCUGCCUUUCACACCCUGCUGAUCAAAGUGGAAAACGAGGACCCACUGGUGCCCGACGUCUCCUACGGCCCCAGCUCCACGGCCACUGUCCACAUCACUGUCCUGGACGUCAACGAGAGCCCAGUUUUCUACCCGGACCCCAUGAUGGUGACCAAGCAGGAGAACAUCUCCGUGGGCAGCGUGCUGCUGACAGUGAAUGCCACGGACCCCGACUCCCUGCAGCGUCAGACCAUCAGGUAUUCUGUUUACAAGGAUCCAGCAGGCUGGCUGAAUAUCAACCCCAUCAACGGGACUGUCGACACCACUGCUGUGCUGGACCGUGAGUCCCCAUUUGUCCACAACAGCGUCUACACUGCCCUCUUCCUGGCAACUGACAGUGGCAACCCACCCGCCACAGGCACUGGGACUCUGCUGAUAACUCUGGAAGACGUGAAUGACAAUGCGCCCUUCAUUUACCCCACGGUAGCAGAGGUCUGUGAUGAUGCCAAAAACCUCAGCGUAGUCAUUUUGGGAGCGACAGAUAAGGAUCUUCACCCAAACACAGAUCCUUUCAAAUUUGAAAUCCAUAAACAAUCUGUUCCUGAUAAAGUCUGGAAGAUCUCCAAGAUCAACAAUACCCACGCCCUGGUGAGCCUCCUGCAAAACCUGAACAAGGCAAACUACCACCUGCCCAUCAUGGUGACAGACUCGGGGAGACCGCCCAUGACGAACGUCACGGAGCUCAGGGUGCACGUGUGCUCCUGCAAGAACUCCAAAGUGGACUGCAACGCUGCGGGGGCCCCAUGCCUCAGCGCCGCUGCGGUCCUGCUCCUGUCCCUGCUCGGCUUAGCUCGUCUGUGA